CCCGGAGUCCGCCGCCCUGUUCUCGAAAUUGCGUAGCUUCUCCAUUGGCAGCGGGCCCAACUCGCCGCAGCGCGUCGUCUCCAAUCUCCGCGGAUUCCUCACCCAUCGCCUCAGCAACAUCACACCGAGCGACACAGGUUGUUCACUGGCAUGCAUACACCUCCAACAACUACAACAACCACACCAAAACAUGUAAAACCACACAGCAACAACAUCAAAGGCAGCGGCAAACAACAAGAAAAACACCACAGUUAACCACAAGCAACGAUAAACCACCUCGAAAGGAGCAAAGAAAGCGGAAACGGAAGCGGCCAUAUUUGUAUUUCCGGCAGUAAAAACAUGACAGCCCCUCAGAUCGGCGCAUAAAAAGCUUUAAGGCAACAGAGAAGAGUACAAAAGAAAGGAAAAAUAGAGAGAGAGAAAUCCAGGAGAAACUGGUCCAGAACUUUGUACACCUCAGCGAUUAUCAAGUUAAUCAACCAAAAUGGCCUCAUUCCAAAUACCUGUUAUCAACCUCGAAGUGCGCGAGGUCAAGGAGAUCGUGUGGGAGAAGAUCCAGGAGCCGGUGAACCAGCGUCGUUUGAUCCUGGUGAUCGUAUCGAUAGCCCUGCUGCUGGACAACAUGCUGUAUAUGGUGAUAGUGCCCAUUAUACCCGACUAUCUAAGGGAGAUUGGCAGCUUCGACGAUGGGCCCACGCCGCCACCUUUGAGGGAUAACAUUACAGGGAAGAUCAUACCCAUGCAUCAUGAUCACCACGGUCAGGACUCGGCCACGGGCAUUCUGUUCGCCUCCAAAGCCAUUGUACAGCUGAUGGUGAAUCCCUUCUCGGGCGGCCUCAUCGAUAAGAUCGGCUACGACUUACCCAUGAUGAUUGGCCUGACCAUCAUGUUCUUCUCCACGGCCGUCUUUGCCUGCGGCAGCAGCUACAGCGUCCUGUUCUUUGCCCGGUCUCUCCAGGGAGCUGGUUCCGCCUUCGCGGACACCGCCGGAUUGGCCAUGAUAGCCGAUCGGUUCACGGAGGAGAACGAGCGAUCCCAGGCUUUGGGCAUUGCGCUGGCCUUCAUCAGCUUUGGCUGCCUGGUGGCGCCACCUUUCGGCGGUGCCCUCUACCAGUUUGCCGGCAAGGAGGUGCCCUUCCUGAUCCUGGCACUGGUCUGCCUGCUGGAUGGCCUGAUGCUGCUCCUGGUGAUGAAGCCCAUCAAGGAAGCCUUUAAGCAGAGCAAGGAGGUGCAGGACCAGGUGAUACCCAUCUGGCGCCUGCUCAUGGAUCCCUACAUUGCCGUCUGUGCUGGCGCACUGACCAUGUCCAAUGUGGCGCUGGCCUUCCUGGAGCCCACCAUCUCGCUGUGGAUGGAGGACAAUAUGACCACGGAAAACUGGAAGAUUGGCAUGGUGUGGUUGCCCGCCUUCUUUCCGCACGUGCUGGGCGUGGUCAUCACGGUGAAGAUGGCCCGGAAGUAUCCACAGCACCAGUGGCUAAUGGCCGCCGGAGGAUUGGCCCUGGAGGGCUUAUCCUGCUUUGUCAUACCCUUCUGCAGUGGCUACAAGAUGCUUAUGCUGCCCAUCUGUGUGAUCUGCUUUGGAAUCGCCCUGAUCGACACGGCUCUACUGCCCACACUGGGUUAUCUGGUGGAUGUGCGUUACGUAUCGGUUUAUGGCAGUAUUUAUGCCAUAGCUGAUAUAUCCUAUUCGAUUGCCUAUGCCGUGGGCCCCAUUAUCGCUGGAGGAGUGGUGGAAGCCAUUGGAUUCACGGCCCUCAACUUCUUGAUAGCCUUCUCCAACCUGGCCUAUGUGCCCGUGCUGCGAAAGCUCCGGAACAUUUACGAUUUCAAGCCCUUCGAGAACGAGGCCAACAUCCUGAUGCAGGACCCGCCCAACAAGGAGUACCAGACCUACGUGAUGCACGACCAGAAGCCCGUGGAGGGCGGUGUCAAGAAUCAUCUGGAGUACGGGCAGCAGUAUCAGCAGGAGCAGGAGACCAAUCUGGAUGAACAGCAGUACGAGUACCAGCAGCAGCAGGGAUACCAACAGGCUGGGGGCUAUCAGCAGGACCAGGGCUACCAGCCCGGUUACCAGGAGCAGGGCGGCAGCUACGCCCCCCAGGGACAGCCUCGCGUGGCCAAUCCCUUCCAGCAACAGCAGCAGCAACAACAACAGCAGGCCCAGAGCAGAGGUCCUGCCGGUCCGGCGAAUCCCUUUAGGCAAGGAUUUUAAACUGUUGCCCAUGCCCAAAGGCAAAACCGAAACCCUAGUUUUAAACCGUGUUCUUUUCAUUUUUUGUUGAACCCUCUCUAAACUCGACACAAAACACAUAUACAUAUAUUUAGCAUAGACAUAUAGGCAAGUGGUACGUACACUAUAACGAGCAUAACAUGCAGAUAGUUAAUACAGCAGCUAGUUAAUGCACCGCACCAAGUUUUGUAUCAUACACGAAUGUUGAAGCAACUACGAUCAGUGAUGGGAUAGGCAGGAUUUGGGUUUAGCUGGGUGUUUAAAAA